CUCUGGCGGUUUUCUUUGGAAACACUACUUGUCUGCUUCUAGUUUUUAAUUUUUGCGGGUGUACAGAAAUUGUAGAAUUUUAUUUUAAGAAAUGUGUCGUUGCUGGGAAUGUUUAUCGGAAGCGAAUGCCUUUCUUAAUCAAAUCAUUGCGAGCGGACUCAUGGAGUGAUAUGGGCCGCUCAAGUAAGCCGCUAUGACCGAACUGCAGGCAUUGGUUGAGUUUUCAGUGGAGUUGUACAAAUUCUACAAUGUUGAUCUCUUCCAGAGGGGGUACUAUCAGGUGCGUUGCACCCUCCGCACCUCCCCCAAGCUGCCCGUCCGCGUGGACGUGUCACUGCCUCCCAGGAAGAGCGGCAGGGAGCCUCGUUCGCCGCGAGAACGCGUGGAGGUCAUCUUCCCCGCGUGCACGGUGGACGGCACGGCCGUGUCCAAGACGUUUCACAUCCUCUAUCGCAAUGACGAGGUUGUCCUGGACGACGUCAUGCUGUUCAGGGCCUUCAUCCUGGUCGACAGCCACAAGAUCGAGGAGACGCUGGAACGGGCCGACUUCACCCUGGUCGUGGAGCUGUGGUUCACGGACGAGCCGUUCGGGCCGGACCAGCAGCGCUGCAUCGAGAGCGUGUGCACGCGCACGCUGCGGCUGCACUUCCUGCCCACGCGCGGCCUGCACGACCACGUGCCGCUCCUGUUCGACUACAGCCACCUGGCCGCCGUCACCCUCACCGUCCACGCCGCCCUGGUGGCGCUGCACCAGCCGCACGUCAAGAGGAGCAUUUUGCAUUACGUUCAGAGCUGCAACCCCCGCAGCACCAAGCCAUGGCUAGGGGCGUCGCAGAGGCUGAACCUCCGGCACCCGUCCGGCAACAAGAACGAGCCGGCUUUCUUCGGCAACCUGAGCAGCGGCGGCGCUACCAAGUGUGCGAGCGGCGGCAGCAGCCGGCUGGCGCACGCCCGGCAUGUGCACCAGGAGGUGUGCUCGCUGCUGCUGGCCGCCUACGAGGCGCUCCAGACCAGGCUCGUCAAGUACAUGAAGCUGCUCCCCAAGUGGCAGCAGUCCCCCGUCCAGACCAAGGACUGCCUGCAGCGGUUCAACACCCUCAGCGACUUUGCCAAGGAGUGUCACCGCACGCUGGCCGGCUCCGGCGAGCACCGUGCCGAGCAGCCCCGCAGAUACGGACAUGGCUACGAGUACCGGGAACACCGGGGCGUUGACGUGGAGGAAGAGUUCGCGGCGCUCGCGAAUAAGGACAUCGCUCAGCUAUGCGCUGAGAACAUCAUGCUCUGGCAGAAGUUUCUGGACGCUUUCACCCUAAAGGAACCUGUUCACCAGCACCUGUCCAAAGUUCACCACCAGCUGAGGGUUCGGCGGUUCGCCGAGGCAUUCUUCGUGCUGGACAACCCCCGGCACUCGGCGGCGGGCUGCUACGACGCCAACUACCAAAACUACCUGGCGGUGAGCGAGAUGGCGCGCCGGUCGCGCUACCUGGCGUCGCUGCCGCCGCUGCCCAUCCAGUGCGUGGAGACCGACGGUGACAUCGCCACGCUCCCCAUCAUCUUCGAGGACCAGUACCAGGAGGUGGACGAGUUCGCAAGGCGGCGCAGCGCGGCGGGCCUGAGCGGCCUCGGGCGCGGAGACGAGAGCAAGCAGCCGGUGCGGGCCGGCCACGGCGCUGCGCCGCUCGCCAGCCACGACGACUGCAGCUGCGGCAUCUCCGCCAUCCUGGAGUCCAGGGCCAACAAGCGGUCGGGCUCCACGACCACCACCCUAGCGAGCAACAGCACGCAGUCCACGGCAGAUCUGGUGGGCGUGGGCGAGCAGUCCGAGCUGCAGGACGACAACGUGAUCAAGGCGACGCUCACCCUGCAGCCGCACCGCGGCCAGGGUGGGCACGGCCAGCCCCCGGACCAGACGGCCACCCUGCCGGUGCGAGGCGCGACGGCCAACGCCCGCAGCGCGCGCCACAGCAAGUCUCUGGACCAGCUGCGGUCCCUGCAGGCCAACGGCGUGGCCAACGGCACGGCCAACGGCGCCCCAUCAAGGCACGGACAGGGUCGCUCGGGGACUAGCCACGGCCACAAGACCGAGGCGUGGGCCUCGGAGCCCGUGGUCGACGUGGACGUCCCGGGCUCCAAGAGCAGCGAGUGCCUGGCCGGGCUGGGCGGAGGCCUGGGGAUGGACAAUGGGCUCCCGCCUCCACCACCUCGAUUCCGCGCCACCUCCAACGACCAGGACGGCGGCGGGUCGUCCACCGAGUCCAUCAGCGACUCGCCUCCGCAAGCGCCCCUCGUUCGGCUCAGCAACGGCACAUACCGCCGCCUGGAGACGAGUGCCAGCGUGCCUUACGACUUGAGCGGACAGGGCGGGCACCAGGUCGCGGUGCCGGAGUCACCUCUGCCCGACGACCUGCCUGGGCUGCCGCCCUCGCGCAGCACCGUGUCCCUGCCCGGCGCCCUUGCGGACGAGGGACUGGGGCUGGGCGUCCUGCAGGACGAGUUGACUGCUGCUCUGCACGGCUUCCACAUUGACGAGGACUGCAGGCCGCUCCCGCUGCCACCGCGGCGCGCCGCCAGCUGUGAAUCCAUGCCCAACCUCACAGACAUGAUCCGCGACCCGGAGAGCAACCUACUCUUGCCGCCGAGCGACCCGGUCUCACCCACCUCCCCGAUUAUCAACGGCAAAGUGCCCGCAGACAGAUCGUCGUCCUCGGUGUCGCUGUCGGUGAACGGCGAGGGCGACCGGGAAGGCGACGGUGACGUGACGUCGGAGCAGAGCGGCUGGGUGUCACACUCCUCGCGCCGGUCCUCGCGCGACGCCUCCAGCGGCCAGCUCAGCCCCGACACGGACCGCGAGAUGGCCGUGGUGAGCUUGCAGGCCAUGUCGCGGGUCAGGGCAGCUCCCGCCGUCGGGGCGGCGAGUCGUCUGGCGGGACGGCGCGCCGAGGCCCCGGCCAGGGAGGUCAGCGGGGAGCUCCUGCGCGCUAGACUCAAGGAGCUGGCGCAGGUGUCGCGCGUCCGGCACCGGGGCCCCUUGCCACUGCCCGACGUGGCCCCUGAGCAGGCCGGCCAGACGGUGCCGGACCUCGUCGCCAAGAACCUGCCGGAGCAGCACACCAUGUUCCCCUUCCCGGACCUGGUGUCCAGCAACAGCCCGCUGCUUCCGCCGGUGUGGUUCGCGAACCCCACCUCCUCGGGGGAUCCACCUCCACCCGCGCCCGGGAGCGUGUCACCACCCUCACCCGCCCCCGGGAGAUCGCUCCGACCCGCUCCCAUUGCCGUCAUUGAACCCGCCUUCGAUGACGAGGAGCUCCAGCUGCCGCCGCCGUCCAUGUUCAGCGAUGACCCGCCGCCCCCUGAGCCCUUCCGUGACGUGGCGCUCGCGGCUGAGUCCUCGAGCAGCGCCCUCCCUCCGCCCAACCUCGUCGACAUCCCUCCGCCGUCGCCGCCCCUGCCUGCCGUCCCGCCGUCCACCCUGUCCCGGCGGUCCUCUACAGGCGUGGGUGCCAAAAUGUCGCCGUCCUUGUCGUCGCCCGCGCUCCCUGUUGAGACCCUGUCGCCCGGCCCUUGCAGCCCGCUCGGGGACAUCCGGGGCGAAACGCCCCCCAGGAGCCACUCGCAGCGUGUGUCGCCGUCCAUGGGGGUCCGCGCCAAGCUCACGGCCUCGGCCUCGGGCUCCCUGUCGGGGUCGGGGUCAGGCUCCAAGUCGCUGCUGCUGCGCCGGCUGUCCCCCAGGCCGGCGGUCAGGCAUGCCCACGACCAGGGCGACCAGCCCCAGGGCGAGAGGCCCGUCCCGGCCAAGAGGCACAAGAUCCCCGCGCCCCUGACCCUGGAGCCAGGCGCCGGCCCUGCCGACGGCAUGUACCACACGCUGCCCACCCCAGGCCGCGCGGCACACGGCCAGGCCCGCGGCACCUGCAUCGACAAGCGGCCUUGGCGUCGGCCGAUACCCAUCACCAGCGGGGUGGACCCGCCAUCGCCCGCCCUCACGUCCACCCCAGCGUCCACCCCGGCCUCCAAGCACAAGACCAAAGUGAAACGGGAGAUCCAGUCCGGUAACUACAAAUUCCAGAAGCUCUCCAGCCAGAGCACUAGCAGUAGCGCGAGCAACAGCAGCAGCACGAGCAGCAGCAGCAGUCACGCUAGCAGGAAGACGGAGCUCACCAUGCUGGCUGUGCAGGCCACAGUUCAGCCCGAACCGACGCCCGCUCCUCAGGCUGAAGAGCCUCAGGACCUGCAGGACCAAGACCAGCAGCUCAUCCUCUCCGGUUCCGACUACGAGGCUAUCGUGAGCUUCGCCAAGGCCAAGGAAGAGUUCAAGAGGCAGAUGAACUUCUCCGGUAUGAUUUACAGUGACUUCGCCACGCUGGCCUCGACGCUGCCGUACUUCUACAUGAGCGACUCGUGCCGCCUCUACUCGCCGUCCGGGCUCCACCUCGUGGUGUGCGUCCACGGCCUGAGCGGCAACUCGUACGAUCUGCGGCUCGUCAAGGCCUUUCUAGAGCUGGGCCUCCCGGGCUCGAACCUCGAGUUCAUCAUGUCGGAGAGGAACUCGUGCGACACGCAGACCGACUUCGACACGAUGGGCGACCGGCUUGUGACAGAGAUCCUGUACUACGUGGACACGGUGGGGCUGAACCCGUCGCGCAUCAGCUUCGUGGGCCACUCGCUGGGCAACGUGAUCAUCCGGGCGGCUCUGGCCAAGCCGCGCAUGAAGCCGCUGCUCGGCAGGCUGCACACGUUCCUGUCGCUGGUGGGGCCGCACCUCGGCACCCUCUACAACAGCAGCGGCCUCGUCAACAUGGGCGUCUGGCUGCUGUCCCGCCUCAAAGGCUCGGACUCCAUCGUGCAGCUGUCGUGCCGCGACGCCCCGGACCUGCGGCAGACCUUUAUGUACAAGCUGAGCCAGGUGUCCAACCUGCACCUGUUCAAGAACGUGCUGCUGUGCGGCUCCUCGCAGGACCGCUACGUGCCGCUGCACUCGGCCCGCAUCGAGCUGUGCAAGGCGGCCGUCAAGGACUCGUCCGUCCAAGGAACUGCCUACCGAGAAAUGGUCCAAAACAUUUUGCAUCCCAUCAUCAACAAUCCGGACGUGACUUUUGUCCGGUACGACGUUCACCAUUCUUUUAGCGCGCACACCGCCGACGCUCUGAUCGGCCGCGCUGCACAUAUUGCUGUUCUCGACUCAGAGAAAUUUUUGGAAAAAUUUCUAAUGGUGGUUGGACUGAAAUAUUUUCGAUAGGAGACACUUUCGUUAGAUACUUUCGUUUAUUAUUAUUUGAUACUGAGUUCCCAGUGACUUCUUUUUCUUUAAAAAAAAAGAAAGUACCAAUGAUGUCUGUUUUAACCAUAGUGAUAUGGUUUGACAAAUGAUAACAUGCUGGGAGUUGCACACUUCGUAGGUGUGCUCCUACAACUUCUAUUUUCCUGUGUUGUGUUCCCUUUAGAUCUUUAUGAUCGAAUGUAUCCAUUUCAGGAAACAAUAUCUGUCUCUCUCUUGUGGUCCACUCAAUUUUGCUCAGUUUAAAUUUUAGAUAGAAUAGAAAGUUUCAAUUUUUACUGAAUUUCAAAAUUCAUAUGUAAUUUUGGACUACUAGUUUCAUUUCUCCUCACACCAUCUCACUUAAUUCUCUUCCUCUGUUCAGUGGACCAUUUUGUGUGAAUGAAGUAUUUUUUAAUACUAUCUCUGUGAUCUGAAGUAAAUCUUUGUGAACUCUAAUGAUACUAGCAUUUGGUGCUACUGCUUGCUACCAAGCUGUGCCACUUGCAGUUAGGAAGUAUCAACUUUCCCCUUUCUAAAAAUGCUAUCCAGUUUGCAAAGCUGUAUUCUUGUGGACCAAAAGCCUAUAGCUUGCUUCCACUAUCCAUAAUAAUAAUGUAAAUAUCUACUAUCUCUCCAACUUUGCUAGCAUAGCUGGAAUUUUGCAUUGUUUACUGUGCUCCAUUUUUUAUAUCGGCCUAUUGAUUUUAAAAAUCUAGUAGCAGAAAUUCUGUUGACCAAAGCCAUAAUGAUUCAGUCCCCCUUUGCAUUCUGGUGAUUAAAUUUUCUAGACUCAUUCUGGUCAGAAAUUUUUAGUUCCAGAGGUCAUUUUUAAAUUGUUUGAAUAAAGUACAAACUAUCUUACCAUAAAUGCCAAAGUUAUUGCUCAAAUGGAUCCCAUAAAUUAACUUUAUCUUUACAAACCUCCAUGCUGGUUAGGGCUUCUAAUUUUUAACGUUUAGAAUGAGUCAAGACAAAACUUACAAAAAACAUAUGACUCUUUGUUUUUCAACACCACCAUUUAUUUCCUCUCUAACUUUUAUGGUCCAUUCCCAAGAAAUGUAAUUUUGUCUUCCUCCUCAUUCCUAAAUUAUUUUCUUUUGAAGCCUUUAAUUUACAGUGAUAAAAAAUAUCUUUAGCAACAUUGUGUGUGAUACAUGUAAAACUGCCAAAAAUGUAAUUGCAUAAAACAAACUGAAAAUCUAGCAAGUAGUGUGGUACAUUUUACAAAUCUGCAGUUAUAUUCGACUUAUUCCUCUUAUGUUGUCUUCUGGUUUAAAAAUUGUCUUCUCAAACAUCUUCCUCUUGUAAUCGUGUGUUCUUCCCCAGCACCUAUUAAUUUUUCCAUUUAAAAGAACCUCCAUAAAUUUUUUGAAGUUUUACCUUUAGAUUUAUGUUGUAGUUGUGGGAACUAUGUGUGUAUAUGUGUGUAAAUAUGUAUCAUAAUGAAUAAAUCUAUCGAAUACUCUAAAA